AUGGAGGACAGAAUACAGUUCGAUAUCAACGACUCGCUCAAGUUUUACUUGAGCGAUCCGGUCUCUAUUCCGACCCCCGAUGCUGACCCGGAGCUUCUUGAUUGCGAAACCGACCCGGAAUCGCUGUCGCCAGCGCUCAUUGACAAUGUUUUGAACCCGAUUGUGGAUGCCGUGGCAGAGAACCCAGAAGGAUUGACGAAAUCUUCGGUUUUUGACUCCCUACAGCUACUGUUAAAGUGCGCCCCGGUCCCCUCUCAGAUCCCCAACGGAGGCUUUCGUCCGCCUGGUGUCGACUCUAACCUUUGGAACCCUUGCAGAUUUCCGAGUUUUCUCUCCUCAAAAUCACUCAGCAAACUGCUUGACCUGAUCGUGUCUGGAUUGUCCGUGGAGGCAGACCUAAUUCACGGCGACCUCGAAUCCGACGAACAAGAUGCCAUUCAGCACCACAAACAACUCCUGGAGAUGUACGGGUUUCUUCUUCAGUGGGCUCUGUCCGCAGUGGAGGUGAAGGCGGCAGAGAAACCCGCGGAGUCAGCUCCUGCGCGACGAGGAGGACCCAAAUCCAAAAAAUCGGCGAAGGAUGGCCAGUGGGAUUGGAUACCCCAGAUCCAGAUCUCCAUGGAGACCAUGUGCAAGGUGAUGAAAUUGAAACUCGGGCGCAUCUUUUUGACUACCUCGGAUCGCGACACAUUUAUUACUCUGUUCACACGCACAAUCUACCUGAUCCUUGAGAGCGAACAGCGAGUGAAGAGUAUGGCCAUCCGCAUGCACGCCUUCAAGGUCCUGUGUAUUGCGGUCAAGCAUCAUGGCCAUGCAUUCGGUGCACAAACCUCUAUUGUACAAAGUUUGACAUAUUUCGAGCAUCUGUCUGAACCUAUGGCCGAAUUCCUCCACAUUCUAGCAGAACAAUACGACUACCCCCAGCUUUCGGAUGAGAUUCUCAAGGAACUCGGAAACAAGGAGUUCAACUCGAAUGAUACGCGCGGGCCGAAAUCUGUCUCGGCUUUCAUCAUAAAGUUGUCCGAGCUUGCGCCGAGAUUGAUCAUCAAACAGAUGACCCUUUUGGCUAAACAGCUUGAUAGCGAGGCUUACACACUUCGAUGCGCCGUGAUCGAGGUUUGCGGAAACCUCAUUUCCGACUUGAGCAGACAGGAAGAACGCAGUGAGAACUACAAGACUCAAAUUAACGCCUUCUUCGACGUAUUGGAAGAGCGCUUCCUCGAUAUCAACCCUUAUUGCCGUUGCCGUGCCAUUCAAGUUCUUAUGCGGAUCUGCGACUUAGAACAGAAGUUCCCCAAGAGACGACAAGCGGCCGCUGAAUUGGCAGCCCGUAGCUUAGAAGAUAAGAGCAGCAACGUGCGACGCAAUGCCAUCAAAUUGCUGUCCAAACUGGUUGCCACGCACCCGUUCAGCGUCAUGCACGGUGGCCAGCUCUCGUACAAUGAGUGGACCGCGAGAUUGGAUGGCGUUGACAGUGAACUGAACGCUUUGCGGCCUCCUGAGACACCAGGGUUUGACGGAGAUAUGACACAGGUUGACAGCGAAUUAUUGGAUGAAGCUACUCAAUUGCCAGACGAGUCUCCCUCCAAAGCCCCCCGGAUGACCGAAGAUGAGAAGGCUGUUGCCAUACAGAAAGCGGCCGAGCAGGCUGCGACAUCCGAGCUAUUGACUCGACUGCAGCUGACCAGAAAGUACUAUAAUGAGGCUCUGCGUUUCAUCGAAGUUCUUCACUCAGGAUCCACCAUUGUCUCGCAGUUGCUCUCCUCUCGAAACAAGAGCGAGGUCAUCGAAGCUAUGGAUUUCUUUGUGGUGCUCGACGCCUACAAGGUUGAAACCGCUCGAAGUGGUAUUCGUCGCAUGCUUCGUCUGAUUUGGACUAAGGGCAACAGCGACGAGGGCAAGGGUGUCCAGAGCCAUUUGAUCGAUUGCUAUAAGGGACUUUUCUUUGAUGCGCCUAGCUCGUUUAGCUCCAAUGAUGCCGCAAUCUAUAUUGCACGCAACAUGAUCAGCUUGACCUUUGGAUCGACCCCUGCUGAGCUCACUUGCCUUGAACAAUUACUGAGUACCAUGAUGAAAUCCGGGCAUGUAUCGGAGGCUGUCAUUGCCAAGCUGUGGCAAGUCUAUGGUGUCCAGAAGAAAGAAAUCUCGAAGACGCAGCGCCGCGGUGCAAUCAUCGUUCUCGGUAUGCUUGCUUUAGCGGACCCCGAAGUGGUUGUCAAGGAGAUAGAGGCGAUGUUGCGCAUUGGUCUUGGUGGUCUUGGUCGGUCAGAUCUUGUUCUCGCAAAGUACACAUGCAUUGCCUUGCGGCGCAUGGUCCCUGGCCGACAGGCUAAAUCCAAGGACAUCGGUAUUCCUAAACUCGCCAAUGACCAUUCGGUUUUGACUAAACUUGCUGCUAUGAUUGAGAUUGUGUCUGAGAGCAAGGAGUGGUACGGUGUGGCAGAGCAAGCCAUCAGUGCCAUCUAUACCCUGUCCAAGCACCCCGAUGUUCUCUGCUCUGAUAUCCUCCGACGCAAAACUCGUUUUGUCUUCCAGCCGCAACGUCCGUCUUCCUCGCACGCCUCUAUAGAUGGUGAAGACCAGCGACCUGGAACCGCGUCAACAGAUGGACAAGGAUCAAAACCCAAGCCCUCAUCGGCGGCUCUUUCCCAACUACUCUAUGUUGUUGGUCACAUUUCCAUCAAACAGAUCGUGCAUCUUGAACUGUGUGAACUUGAUUUCAAGCGCCGAAAGGCGGAACAAGAGAAGAACAAAACGGCCGAGGCUACUGCUCAAAAGGAUGGGGAGAAUGCCGAGGACGACGAGUUGGAUCUCAUCGGUGGCACCACUGAGGAUGACUUCCAAGAUGCCAUGGCUCAUAUCCGGGAACGUGAACUUCUUUAUGGGGAGAACUCGCUCCUCGCUAAAUUUGGUCCGUUGGUGACUGAGAUCUUGGCCAAUAAUAAUGUCUAUCCGGAUCGUGACCUGCAGGCAGCGGCCACGCUGUGCAUGGCCAAGCUUAUGUGUGUGUCUGCCGAAUACUGUGAGAAGAACCUGCCGCUUCUGAUCACCAUCAUGGAGCGGUCCGAGGAUCCCAUCGUGCGAAGUAAUGCCGUCAUCGCCCUUGGUGAUAUGGCCGUUUGCUUCAACCAUCUCAUCGACGAAAACACCGACUUCCUGUACCGUCGCCUCAAUGAUGAUGAGGCAUCUGUCAAGCGUACCUGCCUCAUGACUUUGACCUUCCUUAUUCUGGCCGGUCAGGUCAAGGUCAAAGGUCAGCUUGGUGAAAUGGCCAAAUGCCUGGAAGACGACGAUAAAAAGAUUGCCGACCUGGCACGCAUGUUCUUCACCGAGCUGGCCACCAAGGACAAUGCUGUGUACAACCACUUUGUCGACAUGUUCAGUUUGCUGAGUGCGGAGCGAAAUCUUCAGGAAGCUUCGUUACGGCGUAUCGUGAAGUUCUUGAUUGGAUUUGUGGAGAAGGAGAAACAUGCUCGUCAACUGGCUGACAAGCUCGCUGCGAGACUCCCUCGCUGCGAGACCGAGCGCCAAUGGAACGAUGUCGCCUACGCGCUGUCCUUGCUGCCUCAUAAGAAUGAGGAUAUCACCAAGACGGUCACCGCUGGGUUCACCAAGGUUGUUAGCGCCACUGCCUAG